GCCGCAGUUUGACUGGCGCAGUAGAAGAAGAAGAGUGAAACAAGCAUGGCAGGACCGAGCAUCAGUACCACUGCUGCUCCUCUAACUAGCUCUCUGUCUAAACUACAGUCUCUGAACGGAUUGUUUGCGAUAUAUAAGAAACAAGGGCCGACGUCUGCGGACGUGUUAAACACGCUCAAAGAAGUUUUACUCAAAGAAGCCGGGGUGAAAAACCCAAACCCAAGAAAGAGGAAGAAGCAGAGCCUGAAGAUGGGUCACGGAGGGACGCUGGACAGCGCUGCUAGUGGGGUGUUAGUUGUUGGUGUUGGGAAUGGCACAAAGAUGCUCAGUACCAUGUUGGCUGGUUCUAAGAAAUACGUUGCCGUGGGGGAACUGGGGAAAGCAACCGAUACUCAUGAUGCCACUGGCAGUGUGACUCUGGAGAAAGACUUUGAACACAUAACUAAGUUGGACAUUGAGGAGAAACUGAAAGCUUUUACUGGUGACAUCAUGCAAGUUCCUCCACUCUACUCUGCACUGAAAAUCGACGGCCAACGUCUGUCUGUCCUGCUGAAGAAAGGUCACAAGGUUGAGGCCAAACCAGCCAGACCAGUCACGGUGUACAACCUGACCCUGCAAGAGUUCAAGCCUCCUCUCUUCACCCUGGAUAUCGAGUGCGGCGGUGGAUUUUAUGUCCGAAGCCUGGUGGACGACCUGGGAAAAACUCUGUCAUCAUGUGCUCACGUGAAGGAGCUGAUCCGGACCAAGCAGGGUCAGUUCACCCUGGAGGAGCACGCCUUACGCGAGGAGCAGUGGACGCUGGAACACAUCCUGCGCUCUCUGCAGCCCUGUACAGAACCACCAGAGGCUGAAACCUGAGGAACGCCCCUCUGAACAGGACCCAGAGUGAAGCGCUGCAGGCUGCUGUCCAUUUCACGGGUAGUCAUGACUCACCUGCUUGGCUUUUUCCAAUGAAGAGAACGUCAAUGUUUUAAGGUGUGUUGUUGAACAAAUGAAGUGGGACGAAUUGAGACAAAUGUCAAAACCACUGUUGUUUUGGAACUCAAAUGGACCAGGGUAAAUACUCUACACUGAUUUCUAGUCUUGUCUCUCUGUCAGCUGUUUUUUACAUAACAUAAUGGCCCGUCUCCAGCCUCUGUCUUCACCUGUACACAUCCCUCCAUGAUAGAAACUAUUAUACAGUACACAUACAUUUCACAAUUUAAAAAAUAAUUUAUGAAAGCAAGAAAUGAUAUACUGUUAGAGAGGAUUGCUUGACAUUGCUCACCGCAGUUUUCAAUUUCCGAGACUUUAAAGUCAUAAAACAUCUUGCAGUAUUAUAUUACACUUUAUAAUAACCAUCAUUUGUAAAUGGUAAAUUGAGUUAAUUAAACAUAGUUAAUAGUUAUUUUACUGUUACCAAACAAAAUUAUAAUUAAUAAUGUUUACUAAUUAUUAGUAAUGCUAUAAUUCAUG